CACAGACUCAUGGCCUCCUCCCAAGCUCCCUCUCUCCCACCUUCAUUCCACGCCCGUCAUGACCUUCCUGACGACUUUUCUGCGCUCGCAACUCUUCUUCACCCCAACCUACCCCACGGCCGACUUCUCGGACCAAGUCGUCAUCGUCACCGGCUCCAAUACCGGCCUUGGUCUCGAAGCCGUCAAGCACCUGGUCCGCCUCAAUGCCGCUCGCGUCAUCUUAGCCGUUCGUUCCGUCGAGAAAGGCGAGGCUGCAGUCGAACAUGUCAUUGCGACCACUCAAUGCUUGCCCACGCGCCUUGAGGUGUGGUAUCUCGACCUGGCAAACUACGCCUCUAUCCAGCGGUUUGGCGACCGCGUCCGUCAGCUCGAACGCCUCGAUGCCGUGGUGCAGAAUGCCGGCAUCCUAACCUUCAAGUGGGGGACUGCUGAGGGGCACGAAAUGCACAUAGCCACCAAUGUCAUUGGUGCAUCGCUGCUUGGCUUGGAAGUCCUUCCCAAGCUGCGCGAGAGUGCCGAAAAGUACCGUGCCAGAGGGCGUCUCUCUUUCGUGGGCAGCGAGCUCCAGUACAUCGCCAAGUUCUCCGAGAAGGAACUACCAGGCAGCAUUCUGGAUGCCUUGAACGACAAAGAACACGCCGACCUGGACGAUAGGUACAAAGUCUCCAAGCUGUUGCUGUUGUACGCCGUCCGCGCCAUUGCCCGGACCAGCCCUCUUACGCCCCAGUCGGACGUCGUCAUCAACUAUCUCACGCCUGGAUUGUGCAAGAGCGACAUCUUCCGCGACGAGGUACCAUGGUUCCAGGGCAUGGUGAUACAGUUGUCUGCUGUUUUCCUCGCCCGCACGACUGAAGUUGGCAGCCGCGCUCUCGUCCAUGCCAUUGCCCCGGACGUUGGCGCUGAGACGCAUGGUGCGUUCCUGGUGGACGGCAAAGUUGCUCCAAACGGAGCGAAUGUCGAAGGCCAGGCCAACAAAGAGCUGGAGGAGAAGUUUUGUAAAGAGUUGUUUGCGCGCUUGGAGCAGAUCAAACCUGGCGUCACGUCUGUUUGAUGGACAUUUUGCCGUAUGAAAGGAUGAGCGGUUUGGAGUGAGUGAAUCAUGUGCAAACGACUUGAUGAUAAGUAUGUGCAGAAUCGUAC